ACUUGGGCUGCCAGAGGAGAAGUCAUGUUUGCGCUCCGAAUCGCCUUGGAUUCGACAGCUUCCUGGUCUUGCUGACAGCAGGUGGAAUCCUGGACGGCGUUGGACUUCAGACUUUUCCCACCCUCCCUGCAGAUAAAAGCAGCUGAGGGGAGGUUCAGAGGGCAGAAGACUGGAGAGGAAGGCGAGGAAGAGGAAGACGGCUCUUCUGCGUGAGAAAUGGACCACCUCAAAGCUGCUGAAGAUGUCAUCUUGGGGCGGCCGAGUAAGCUGUAAGUGGCUGCGCUAUUUUGGGGAAGGGGACACUUGCAGUCGAUAUGAUUCCACCCCCGCUGGAAAUCAGGGGAGAAACGUUGGAGGGGGUGGAAUAGGACGUCCCUAUUUUCACGGGAGAAACGUUGGAGGGGAUGGAAUAGGACGUCCCUCUUUUCAGGGGAGAAACAUUGGAGGGGAUGCAAUAGGACGUCCCUAUUUUCAGGGGAGAAACCUUGGAGGGGAGGGAAUAGGAUGUCCCUAUUUUCAGGGGAGAAACGUUGGAGGGGAUGGAAUAGGACGUCCCUAUUUUCAGGGGAGAAACGGUGGAGGGGAUGGAAUAGGACGUCCCUAUUUUCCAAGGAGAAACGUUGGAGGGGAUGGAAUAGGACGUCCCUAUUUUCACAGGAGAAACGUUGGACGGGAUGGAAUAGGACGUCCCUCUUUUCAGGGGAGAAACAUUGGAGGGGAGGGAAUAGGAUGUCCCUAUUUUCAGGGGAGAAACGGUGGAGGGGAGGGAAUAGGACGUCCCUAUUUUCAGGGGAGAAACGUUGGAGGGGAUGGAAUAGGACGUCCCUAUUUUCAGGGGAGAAACGGUGGAGGGGAGGGAAUAGGACGUCCCUAUUUUCAGGGGAGAAACGGUGGAGGGGAGGGAAUAGGACGUCCCUAUUUUCAGGGGAGAAACGGUGGAGGGGAGGGAAUAGGACGUCCCUAUUUUCAUCAAAGAAAUGUUGGAGGGGAUGGAAUAGGACGUCCCUAUUUUCACAGGAGAAACGUUGGAGGGGAUGGAAUAGGACGUCCCUAUUUUCCAAGGAGAAACGUUGGAGGGGAUGGAAUAGGACGUCCCUAUUUUUAUCAGAGAAACGUUGGAGGGGAUGGAAUAGGACGUCUCUAUUUUCACAGGAGAAACGUUGGAGGGGAUGGAAUACGACGUCCCUAUUUUCAGGGGAGAAACGUUGGAGGGGAUGGUAUAGGACGUCCCUAUUUUCAGGGGAGAAACGUUGGAGGGGAUGGAAUAGGACGUCCCUAUUUUCAGGGGAGAAACGUUGGAGGGGAUGGUAUAGGACGUCCCUAUUUUCAGGGGAGAAAUGUUGGAGGGGAUGGUAUAGGACGUCCCUAUUUCCAGGGGAGAAACGUUGGAGGGUAUGAAAGAUGGGAGUUCAGAAAGGACAUCCCUUCCUGGGACUGCCUCUAUUUCAGGGGUGGCCAACUCCCAAGAGACUGCGAUCUACUCGCGGAGUUAAAAACUGUCAGUGAUCUACCCCCUUUUGGGGGGUUCAGGUCAAACCUGUUGAGUUUUUUCAGGGAGGAGGUAAAAGGUUGAGGGGGUUUUUAGGGGAGCCACAGUUGUUCAGCUUCACUGCAGACGUCCAGUGAUCUUCUGGUAGAUCUACCAGAUCACGAUCUACCUGUUGGACAUGCCUGCGGUCUAUUUGUUAGACCAGGGAUGGGGGAAGAACCCGUUUCAGACGCUUCGGCGCUUAAUCCGGAGUCGCUCCGCUUCUCACGGGUGAAUCCGGAGUCGCUCCGCUUCUCUCGGGUGACUCAGAACCGCUGCCGGCUCAUCCCGGCUGCUGGGCAGGAAGGUGAGAGGAGGAGGAGGAGUCCAAGGUGGCCCGCCGUCACCCUUCGCUUCGGGAGUCAUCGCGGGGAGGCGGAGGGAAAGGUUCAAGGUCUUCCCUCGCGUCCGCGCGCCUCCCUUCUCCCCGCCCAGGAGCCGGGCAUCGGAUCUGCGGAGGCUCCGCGAUGGUCAAGCUCGGAGUCGCCCCGGGACCUGAUAGCCUCUCCUUGACCGACAUCAGGUAGUCACCUCCUUUAGGGAGAGGAGAACCCAGGCGUCCGGGUUUAGGGACAAGCCCCUCCCUCCCUUCCUUCCUCCCUCCCUCCCUUCCUUCCUUCCUUCUCUCUCUCUCUCCCCCUCUCCCUCUUUCUUUCUUUCUUUCUUUCUUUCUUUCUUUCUUUCUUUCUUUCUCCCCCUCUCCCUCUUUCUUUCGCUCUUUUCUUCCUUCCUUCCUUCCUUCCUUCCUUCCUUCCUUCCUUUCUCUCUCUCUCUCUCCUCCCCUCCCUCUUUCUUUUCUUUCUCUUUCUUUUUCUUUCUUUCGCUCUUUUUCUAUCCCUCCCUCCCUCCCUCCUUUCCUUCCUUCCUUUCUCUUUCUCUCUCUCUCUCUCUCUCUCUCUCUCUCUCCCUCCCCUUCUCCCUCUUUCUUUCUUUCUUUCUUUCUUUCUUUUCGCUCUUUUUCCCUCCCUCCCUUCCUCCCUUCCUUCCUUUCGCUCUUUUUCUCUCCCUUCCUUCCGCUCUCUCUCUCUCUCUCCCCCUCUCCCUCUUUCUUUCUUUCGCUCUUUUUCUCUCCCUCCCUCCCUUCCUUCCUUCCUUCCUUCCUCCCUUCCGCUCUCUUUCUCUCCCCCUCUCCCUCUUUCUUUCUUUCUUUCUUUCUUUCUUUCUUUUGUUCUUUUUCUCUCCCUUCCUUCCUUCCUUCCUUCCUUUCUCUCUCUCUCUCUCUCUCUCUCUCUUUCUUUCGCUCUUUUUUUCUCCCUCCCUCCCUCCCUUCCUUCCUUUCUCUCUCUCUCUCCCACUCCCACCUCCGCCUUUCCUAUUUCCAAACCCUCUAAAAAUAAACCUGGCAUCUUCUCUCAAGAAGAACCCUGGUGUCCUGGCGCUCUGCCAGAGACCUCCCGCUUCCAAUGGAUGCAAAGCCCCUUCCCAGCAUCCCAGAAGGGACCCAGGCGUCCUGGCCAGGCUCUCAGCACAGGGGAUUCCCAGCCCACCAGUGAUUCCACUCCCAAUUCUUUCGGGACGUUUGCGCCGGGUGCGCAUGCUCUGCGCAUGUUCUUGUUUGUGAGCCGCCUUGAACUGAAUCAAUAAUAAGAAUAGGCCCCGUCUCCCAGCAACCAGCAGGACCAAUGGUUAGAGGCGGCAGCCAGUUCGGAGCCCGGGAGGGACACCCCCUCGGCUGCUCCUUUUACUGAAGAAAGCCUUUCUCUACUGCUAAAAGUAGAGCUUCCUAGUUCAGGGCAGUCUACCACUGAACAGGCAGGCACUUGGGGAAAGAAGUGACCCCCCUCUGGGGGUUAGAACCAUAAGAUUGUGAGUCGGAGUCAUCUAGUCCAACCCCCCAGCAAUGCGGGUUCCUAGAAGUCUGUGGCCCAGUAGUGAUGUAUGGAAGUGAGAGCUGGACCAUCAAGAAGACUGAUUGCCGAAGAAUGGAUGCUUUUGAAUUCUGGUGCUGGAGGAGACUCUUGAGAGUCCCAUGGACUGCAAGAAGAUCCAACCUCUCCAUUCGGAAGGAAAUCAGCCCUGAGUGCUCACUGGAAGGACAGAUCCUGAAGCUGAGGCUCCAAGACUUUGGCCACCUCAGGAGAAGAGAAGACUCCCUGGAAAAGACCCUGAUGUUGGGAAAGAUGGAGGGCGCAAGGAGAAGGGGACAACGGAGGACGAGAUGGUGGGACAGUGUUCUUGAAGCUACCAGCAUGAGUUUGACCAAACUGCGGGAGGCAGUGGAAGACAGGAGGGCCUGGCCUGCUCUGGUCCAGGGGGUCACGAAGAGGCGGACACGACUAAACAACUAAACAACAACAACAACAAAGAAGUCUGUGGAUGUCCUCUGUUGGAGACAGGACGCUGGGGCAUAGAUGGAUGCUUGUCCUAUGUGAUAUUGGGGCAGAUUGGAGCAAGCACUAUCUGCGGAGAUUGAGGUUGAAUCCUGACAAGACAGAAGUGCUGUUUUGGGGGGACAAGGGGCGGGCAGGUGUGGUCCUGAAUGGGGUCACUGUGCCCCCGAAGGACCAGGUGUGCAGCCUGGGGGUCAUUUUGGACUUACAGCUGUCCAUGGAGGCUCAGAUCAGUUCUGUGUCCAGGGCAGCUCCAUCUGGUACGCAGGAUGAGACCCUCCCUGCCUGCAGACUGUCUGGCCAGAGUGGUACAUGCUCUGGUUAUCUCCCGCUUGGACUACUGCCAUGUGCUCUCCGUGGGGCUGCCUUGGAAGGUGACCCAGAAACUGCAAUUAAUCCAGAAUGCGGCAGCCAGACUGGGGCCUGGGAUCGGCCGCCGGGACCACAUAACACCGGUUCUGAGAGAUCUGCAUUGGCUCCCAGGACGUUUCUGACCACAAUUCAAAGUGUUGGUGCUGACCUUGAAAGCCCUAAACGGCCCAGUAGACCUGAAGGAGCAUCUCCACCCCCAUCUUCCAGCCCGAACACCUGGAUCCAUCUCCUGGGGGCCUUCUGGCACUUCCCUUCCUGCGAGAAGUGAGGUUGCAGGAAACCAGGCAGAGGGCCUUCUUGGUGAUGGCACCCGCCCAGUGGAACGCCCUCCCAUCAGAUGUCAAGGAAAUAAGCAACUAUCUGGCUCUUAGAAGACAUCUGAAGGCAGCCCUGUUUAGGGAAGCUUUUCAUAUUUAAUGAAUUACAGUGGUACCUUGGGUUAAGAACAUAAAUACAGUGGUACCUCUGGUUACGUACUUAAUUCGUUCUGGAGGUCCAUUCUUAACCUGAAACUGUUCUUAACCUGAAGCACCACUUUACCUAAUGGGGCCUCCUGCUGCUGCCGACACACGUUUUCUGUUCUCAUCCUGAAGCAAAGCUCUUAACCCGAGGUAAUAUUUCUGGGUUAGCAGAGUCUGUAACCUGAAGUGUCUGUAACCCUAGGUACCACUGUAUUGUAUUUUAAUAUUUUGCUGGAAGCCGCCCAGAGUGGCUGGGGAAACCCGGCCAGAUGGGCAGGGUAUAAAGAAUGAAUUAUUAUUAUUAUUAAUAAUAAUAACAGAGACACCCAUCUUUUGUGGCCCAUGGGAAGGCAUGCAUAUAUCUUGGCUACCGUAUUUUUUGCUCUAUAAGACUCACUUUUCCCCUCCUGAAAAGGGGAAAUGUGUGUGUGUCUUAUGGAGCGAAUGCAGGCUGCGCAGCUAUCCCAGAAGCCAGAACAGCAAGAGGGAUUGCUGCUUUCGCUGUGCAGCGAUCCCUCUUGCUGUUCUGGCUUCUGAGAUUCAGAAUAUCUUUUUUCUUGUUUUCCUCCUCCAAAAACUAGGUGCGUCUUGUGGUCUGGUGCGCCUUAUAGAGCGAAAAAUACGGUAUUUAUGGGCGCACGUGGGAUUUUGGAUCUUGCGAAAGAUUGGCGUCUCAGGCUAGGACUAGCAUCACGGAAGCAUCAGUCUGGAAAGGGAAGAGCCCUGGAAUCCCUCCAAGUAUACGAUACACAGUCCAACACGUGUCUGCCCAGAGGCCAUCUGGUCCAAUGGGCGUGUAUAAAACCGCAGCCUAAGUUUCUAGACCUCUUUACUUUUGGAGAUCGUCCCUGCCGAUCCCCGAUCCCUGCAACCCCACUGGCUAGGAAUGCCGAAGGACAAGGAGUGUGGCGAAUGCAGCCCAAGUUUCUAGUCCUAUUUAAGGACGGAGGCGAUAAGAAGCGGGGGGGCCGAGGGGGUAGCAUUGGCUCUGCUGGAAGCUUGAUUGGUGAGUACCAAUCGGCCAGUAAUUUUUCGAAAGCUUGUGGCUGCAAUUUCUGCCUUGGAGGUUUGCGGGUUGGGCUAGAUGACCCUCCCAGGGAGCGGGGUCCCUUUCUGCAAUUCUGAUUCUAUAAAAUGAGGUUGCGGGGAGGAAGAACCCCUGAGCCCAGCCUGGAGCUCUUUGGAGGGAAGCAAUAAAAAGCAAACGAUUGGCUUUUGAAAAGGAAAACUGGGAUUUGGCCGAGGGGUAAAUUCUGGUGUUUUGCGGCAGCUCUGAUUUUCCGCGCCGGUGACUUUUCCCCUGGCGGCCGGUUGGGAAAAUCCCAGGAAUGCCAACAGCCAGUCGGACUGGUUAUUUUCCUUUUCUGUGUAUCCUGUUUUGCAUAGCAACUCCGAAGCAUGGAUUCCAGAUCACAGCUCCCAGCCGGGAAGUCUCCCUGGCGUAAAUCGUUAUAAUAUGGAUAGAAUUUCGAUUAUAAAGAAAUAACCUCACGUGUUAUUUCACCCUUCUCUCGCUGGGUGUAGAACUCCUGACCCACCCCCCUAAAAAUAAAAUAAAACAAAUUCCCUAAAUGAAAACGAUAACGUGAAAUGCUGAGGAAAUAAGCUGCAAUAUUGAUGCGAAAGGUUAUGGGUCUUGGGUCUGCCUCCGAGCCGCAGAGCCAGAGUUCCCGGACAUCCCUCUCUCGCCGCUUGAUCGGCUGAUGUUUUCAGGUAGGUUGCUCCUGCGCAUGGAGGUUCCACCGCAGGGGUCGGCAAACUACGGCCCGGGAGCCGGAUGUGGCCCCACCAGGCUCACCAAUCCGGUCCCAGUGCUGAGCUAAACCGGCAUGGCGUUUCCUUGAAAAGAGACCGACUUCCGCGGCGCUGGCACAGUUUCAGAUCGGCUGCCGAAAGCUCCUGCAGCCAAUCCAAAGCCGGGCCACCUGCGGGCUGAGGUAAACCCGGGCAGCAGGUCUGGGCCGUGCUAUGGGCAUCGUGGCGAGCACGUCGCGGGGUACCUCGGGUUACAUACGCUUCAGGUUACAGACUCCGCUAACCCAGAAAUAGUACCUUGGGUUAAGAACUUUGCUUCAGGAUGAGAACAGAAAUUGUGCAGUGGUGGCAGCAAGAGGCCCCAUUAGCUAAAGUGGUGCUUCAGGUUAAGAACAAUUUCAGGUUAAGAACGGACCUCCAGAAUGAAUUAAGUACAUAACCAGAGGUACCGCUAUAUUUACAUUUUUCAAAAUGUAGUCCGGCCCCCCGCAAUGUCUGAGGAACAGUGGACUGGCCCCCUGCUGAAAAAGUUUGCUGAGCCCUGUUCUACUGCCUUGGUUUGCCGCUGUGGGUUAAACCACAGAGCCUAGGACUUGCCGAUCAGAAGGUCAGCGCUUCGAAUCCCCGCAACGACGGGGUGAGCUCCCGUUGCUCGGUCCCUGCUCCUGCCAACCUAGCAGUUUGAAAGCACACCAGUGCAAGUAAAUAAAUAGGUACCACUCCGGUGGGAAGGUAAACGGCGUUUCCGUGCGCUGCUCUGGUUUGCCAGAAGCGGCUUAGUCCUGCUGGCCACGUGACCCGGAAGCUGUACGCCGGCUCCCUCAGCCAAUAAAGCGAGAUGAGCGCCGCAACCCCAGAGUCGGCCACGACUAGACCUAACGGUCAGGGGUCCCUUUACCUUUAAUCGUCAGUCGCGGACGCUUAUCGGACUAAAAGCGAACCGGCGUCCAGCCGGAUAUUUCUGCGAAAUACCAAAAGCAACUUCUUCUGUCUUCCUGCGUUGUUGUGUAAACCGCUGCCCGCAGCAAGCAGUAUUUAGUGCUAAACUGCUCCUGGAUGAGGAAGCUCUAUGGAUCAUCCUCAGGAUUAGGUAGAGUCCUUUACGGCAGGCCGAAAAUUGAACUGAGAUACCACCCACUCCCUCAUCCCCUGAGACGUUACAUAAAGCGAUCGCAAUCUCGGGUUUUGUAUCGGGGCAGGGCUGUUUUCAUCGGCACGCGGCUAAUUAUAGGGAAGGGGAGGGAAAUAAUCUCAUUAAAUUCUGACUGAUGACAGGCUAGAGAGGGAUCGCUUUGCACGGCAAAGCACAGCAGUGAGGUGAGCAGGAACGGGGAAAUUUAUCCUCCUGCAAUCGCAAUAAAAAUAAAAUUCCUUGUCUGCGUUUCAGAGACGCGUUGAAGGCAUGCCGUUCUGAACUUAUCCAAAAUGGUUCAAGUCUAGCCAAGGGCCUCUUUCGCCGCCUUCCCCCUUGCUUAAAUCUCUGCCUCUCUUGUGCCCGUCUGUGAAAUGGGCGCAGGAGCAAGGAUGGGUGGAUCAGCCGCGAGGGUGACGGUGUCUGAGGAGGAAGUGUCGGCCCAAGGCUAAGGUUGGGGACUUGUGAAGCAACAUAAUUAAUCAGGGAAUUUCUCGCUCCUUCCCAGCUGCCUGUCGGAAGUCUCCGGAAAGCCAAGGAAAAGCAAGCGAAGGAUGUCGGAGCAAAAAAAGUCCCAGAGUUUGGAGGAGACGGUUGGUGAGGCAGCCAGGAAUGGACACAACCCGCCCCUUUCGCGGUGAGUUUUGGCAAAAAGAGAGGCUCCGAAUCGCUUGUGUGUUUGACCUACUUUAGGGCAGAUGACACCCAGUUCUACCUCUCCUUUAAAUCAGAACCAGUGAAGGUCCUAUGUGAGUGCCUGGAGGCGGUUGGAGGAUGGAUGGCGGCUAACAGAUUGAGGUUGAAUCCUGACAAGACAGAAGGACUGUUUUGGGGGGACAGGAGGCGGGCAGGUGUGGAGGAUUCCCUGGUCCUGAACGGGGUAACUGUGCCCCUGAAGGACCAGGUGCGCAGCCUGGGAGUCAUUUUGGACUCACAGCUGUCCAUGGAGGCGCAGGUCAAUUCUGUGUCCAGGACAGCUCCAUCUGGUACACAGGAUGAGACCCUCCCUGCCCGCAGACUGUCUGGCCAGAGUGGUGCAUGCUCUGGUUAUCUCCCGCUUGGACUACUGCAAUGCGCUCUAUGGGGGGCUACCUUUGAAGGUGACCCGGAAACUGCAAUUAAUCCAGAAUGCGGCAGCUAGACUGGUGACUGGGAGUGGAGACCACAUAACACCGGUUCUGAGAGAUCUGCAUUGGCUCCCAGGAUGUUUCCAAGCACAAUUCAAAGUCUUGGUGCUGACCUUGAAAGCCCUAAAUGGCCCAGUAUCCCUGAAGGAGCAUCUCCACCCCCAUUAUUCUGCCCAGACACCUGGGUCCAUCUCCCGAGGAACUUCUGGCGGUUCCCUCCCUGCGAGAAGUGAGGUUACAGUGAACUAGACAGAGGGCCUUCUCGGUGGUGGUGCCCUCCCUGUGGAACGCCCUCCCUUCAUCCCUUUGUCUACAUAAAUAAUCAUUUAAAUUCAUUUCCAUUGUUUCUGGAUUAUAUUCUUUUGGUCUUUCCUUAUAAUUCUUUUUAAAAAUGAUUUUCAUCUUAUUUGUUAAGACCCCAGUAAAAAAAUUAUAGUCUAUAUUCAACAGAGAAAUCGGUCUAUAAUUUUUAAUCAACUUCGGGUCUGAUGGAUUUUGACAGGGGACUGAUUUAUAAAUCCGGGGACUAUCCCCGGGAAACGGGGAUGUCUAGUAACCUUUUAGCAAGUUUAGCUGGUGUUGAAUACCAUCUGUACAUCAUUUUCAUAACAUUUUCUUCAAGUGCAUUGCAUGCAAUAAAAUUACAGUAAUCCUUCCAUAACGUUUCCCAGGAUUCUAACUGAAUAUUAACUCCAAAAUCUUUAGCCCAUUGUAACAUCACCCCUUUGACCUCCUCAUCCUUAGUGUGCCAGCAGUAAUUUAUACAUUUUCGACAAUCUUUUCCUCUUAUUUAAGAGCAUCUCUGUUUCUCCCGUUCCUUUUAGAUCCAAGACCUACGAUCCGUCUUACUCCAAAGAAGCCGAGAAAGAAACUUUGGCCUCUGCUCAGCACAGGAAGUUGGACUCCAAUGUAAGCUUGGCCGGCAGAGAGAGCCUUUUCCGACUGCUCUGAUUUGUAAUUAUUAACUAGUUCGUAUAAUCGUAGAGUUGGAAGGGCCCCCCAGUGGUCAUCCAAUCCAACCCCCUUGCAGUGCAGGGAUGAAUAAUAGACUUUCUAUCCUGCCCUGAUUCCGCAAAGCGGCUGACACAUCUACCAUUUCAAACUGUAGCCUUAUUAGACUUUACCGAUGGCACGGUGAGCGUUGCUCCCAGAACAGGGAGGAAGGAGUCAAAUGACAUUGAGGUUGAUUCAGAGAAAGAGUUUAUUCUGCUCUCUGGAUAGCAGAAGGCACUUGCGUGGUCAGUUCACAGCAAGUCCAAAGAAAUGAGAAAUUUCAUGCAGUAUAUAUAUAUCCUCCAGGCACCCUCUCCCCCCUUCCCCAGGAAUCCAACCACGUCAGCUUAUACACGUAAGUUGACAUCACAGAUGUUCCUGUUCUGGUACUCUUGACCAUAAAAGGGUGUUCCUGUUCCUGUAUUCCUUAUCUUGGGGUAAGAAGGUCACCAACUCUAAGAGUACUCCUGGAGCCGUUCCCGGGGGGCUGACAAGGUCUGUGCGUCAUUGUGGUCAGGAAGUAAGAUAAGACCCAGACGUGCCAUCCCUGCUCCACUCGGAACUGGCAAGGCCAUCCAUUGCCGUCACGGACUGAUAAAGGAGAGGGCUUUGAGCACUUGUUUAUACAGUUGGGCUUCUGUUUAUACAUUGGCUCAAGAGCUCAAGUUAAUGCGUUUUAGAAAUGCUCCCUUGGAGAAGGAAAAAUGUGGAUUUUGGGUCCCGUUUCAGACUGACUGCACAGAAACCCAUUCCUUCCCCCUUCAAAACCUGAAAGUUCAUAGCGAUUGAGACGGGUGGGGAGCGUUCCACAACCAGGGAGCCACCACCAAAAAGGCCAUGUCCCUGCCAUAGUUAGGGAAGAAGGGAGGGAAGAAAAAAGAGAAAAUGAACGACAAAAAGACUUCUGGUUCUCAGUCUGUUAAAUAUAGUAUUCACAUAUUAACAUCCAUCUGUUCUGUUUUCUAUAAGCCAGUAAUUCCCCCCACCCCAAUCUUCAAAUCCAUCUGUUACGAGUUCGUUUUCUCUUUCACGCUAAAAGUCCGUCAGAAGUUUCCGGUCCUUAAUAAGUAUUGUAGAAUCGUAGAAUCCUGAACUGCAGGAAUCUCAGCUGACCCGGAUCAGGGCUAAACAGAUAACCUGUCUCUCUCUCUCUCCCCUUUCCACAGCUGGUGAAACACGCUCUCAACUUCCGAAGGGUGUUCAAAGACUUCCCUGAGGAGGAAGAUCUCUUGCAGAGUAAGUGCUUGAAUUAAUUAAUUAAUCUUUAUUUGCAUCAGCCAUCGACCAUAGCAAUAAAACAACACUACAAUAUACAAAGAAUAGAACUAAAAAGUCAAUUAUAUACAAUACAUUUGAGGGCUUUGGAUCAAUGGUCAAAUAGUGGAUCUUAUUCUGAUUGCCCCAGCGAAAAACCUUGCCACCUUUGCCGUCACCUGCUCCUCUUGAUCUGCCAAGGGAAAGGACACUGGGGCAGGGGCUGGACGACCCGGGAUGGACGAUAAAAGAGGGGUGAUAAUCUCAUUCCUCAAGUCUUUAUCAAGAGGGCAAGCCAGAAGGGCAUGUGCCACUGAUUCGGGACUGCCGUCUCCACAGGGACGUUUUUUGUGUGGGAUCUGUUGGAAUCGUCCCUCGAGUCCAGACGAGGGCAAGACAUUCAAUCUUGCGAGACUCAAAGCGUUUCUAUAUUAUAGAAUUGCUAGGUUAUGCAGAGAGGGUUCCAGAGAGUCGAAAUGGGAAGGUGGAAAAUAGUCAUGCCAUCGGCACAAUUUCCUUAUUGUGGCCAAGUUGUUCCAACGCUCAAUAUCAUUUAAAGGUAAAGGGACCCCUGACUAUUAGGUCCAGUCAUGGCCGACUCUGGGGUUGCGGCGCUCAUCUCGCUUUAUUGGCCGAGGGAGCCGGCGUACAGCUUCCGGGUCAUGUGGCCAGCAGGACUAAGCCGCUUCUGGCGAACCAGAGCAGCGCACGGAAACGCCAUUUACCUUCCCGCCGGAGCGGUACCUAUUUAUCUACUUGCACUUUGACGUGCUUUCGAACUGCUAGGUGGGCAGGAGCAGGGACCAAGCAACGGGAGCUCACCCUGUCAUUGCGGGGAUUCGAACCGCCGACCUUCUGAUCGGCAAGCCCUAGGCUCUGUGGUUUAACCCACAGCGCCACCCGCGUCCCUUCAAUAUCGUUUAGGCACUGAUAAAAAUCUUGGAGGGUGUGCAGCCGCCGCCACUAUUCUGCAUCCAUUUCGCUCCUCCGUGCUUCGUGAAAAACGAAGAGAAGUUAGGAGGAGUUUGCAUGCAACCCGCUCCUCCCAGGGGGCCCGACCCUGGUUGCUGUGUGAUGGUUCGCCACACUGAGGACUAGAAUCAUGGCAGCUUCUUUGCCAACCCUUCCUUCCUGGUUUUUCCCCCGCAGCGUUUUCGUGCGCCUGGCAACGGGAGGUUCCUUAUCACGGCCGCCUGUAUAUAUCCGAAAAUCACGUCUGCUUCUACUGCAGCAUGGUGCACCGGGAAGUAAAGGUAGGGGCUCUCGGGCCGAGGUUAAAGCAGGGGUCAGCAAACUUUUUCAGCCGGGCGCCGGUCCACUGUCCCUCAGACCUUGUGGGGGGCCGGACUAUAUUUUGGAAAAAAGAAAUGAACGAAUGCCUAUGCCCCACAAAUAACCCAGAGAUGCAUUUUAAAUAAAAGCACACAUUCUACUCAUGUAAAAACACGCUGAUUCCCGGACCGUCCGCGGGCUGGAUUGAGAAGGCGAUUGGGCCGGAUCCGGCCCCCGGGUUGAGGAUCUGCAGAGGUUAUUCUUCCUUCCCUUUCGUUGCCUAGACAAAAGCUAGCUGGGAUAAUGUUGUGGGACGUCAUAAGCUCUUCUUAUAGUUGUUGCAGGAAUUUAUGUAUAGGUUGGGAGUGGGUUUGCCCCUCCAGCAGAUAUCACGCACAUGCAGCCCACUACCAAAACCAGCACCAUCGCUUUUGUGACUUUAUGAUUUGUCCCCACAAAACACUUCAUCGCAGUUUCUUCCUAUCUAUACAAAGGGCCUUUGCUGCACGAUACCAAAUGUCAGAAUUCACUGAUCAAUGUCUGUAUGUACUGGCUCACUGGGAAAACUUCAGAAAUUCCUAUAGACCUGUGAGCUCAGCUCCUCAGCAGCCCCUCUGCCUGAGUGAUAAUCCCUGGCCUCCUGAUACCUGAGUGCCAGACAGGUAGCCAUUCCAGAAAGAACAAACCCAGAUGAAGACAAAAGGGUGGGAUGAACUUGGCUGGGAAACAGGGAAAUGUAAAUAUCUCUUUUGUUCCACUUGAUGGGUGUUUGGUGGAGGGCAAGGGGAACCAUGGGGCAGGGUCCAGGAUGCUCAGAUUAUGGCCACCAGACCUCCCAUUUCAUGAUGUAACCAUGAUGUAUUAGUGAUGUAGUUUGGGGGCUGUAACAUGGGGAUUAGCAGCUAAUAAAAGUUUGGGUUCUCUCUUGUUUGGGGCGUCCAUCUUGUUCCACCUUGUGGCAGGUGGGAGUCCUGUGGCGACAGUCUUCAAUAAAGACCAAGCCUACUAGCUGCUGUUUUGCUCUGGUAUUCCUGGCUGGUGUCCUUGUUUUUUGUCCAAGGGAGCCCUCAGAUUUCUCCGUUAACAUAGUCUUGUGGUCUCUCUCUGUGGUAUAAAGAUACCGUUUCCCCAUGAAGCAUGUUGGGUCAUAUCCUGUGCUUCCCUGUCCCUCAUCUCUCUCUCUCUCUCUCUCUCUCUCUCUCUCUCUCUCUCUCUCUCCUUCCUCUCCUUUUCCCGGACCGACAGGUUGUCAUCCCAGUUCCAUCCAUCAGCAUCCUCAAAAAGGCCAACACAGCUUUGCUGGUACCCAACGCCGUCUGCAUCCGGACAUCGGAUGGAGAAAAGGUGAGAGCCGAGCACCGCCGGAUUUACGUAUAAGCUCAACAUAUCUCUAGCUUAGGACCCCACUUUCUUAAAGGUAAAGGGACCCCUGACCAUUAGGUCCAGUGGUGACCAACUCUGGGGUUGCGGCGCUCAUCUCGCUUUAUUGGCCGAGGGAGCCGCCGUACAGCUUCCGGGUCAUGUGGCCAGCAGGACUAAGCCGCUUCUGGCGAACCAGAGCAGCGCACGGAAACGCCGUUUACCUUCCUGCCAGAGUGGUACCUAUUUAUCUACUUGCACUUUGACGUGCUUUCGAACUGCUAGGUGGGCAGGAGCAGGGACCGAGCAACGGGAGCUCACCCCGUCAUCGCGGGGAUUCGAACCGCCGACCUUCUGAUCGGCAAGCCCUAGGCUCUGUGGUUUAACCCACAGCGCCACCCAUGCCCCCCCACUCUCUUGGGGGCCCCAAAAAAAUUUAAAGGGAAAAGAAAACUGCAUGCACAUUUCCAACAUAUAAGAUAAAAAAAACAAUAAAAUAAAACCUACCUGCAGCAACAGUGUUUUGUGUUGUGUAGGCUCCUGUGAUGUAAGUCAUGGGCCCCGCCUGCUCCGUAAAAUAUCCCUGCUUUGCUCCUUUCUAUAUAUAGGGUGCCUACAUUCUGCAUGGACUGGUUGCAGGGCAACAUGGGCAAAUGGCUUUAGAUACCUAUUAGGUCCAUCAAUUACCAUAUAGCAUAUAUUCAACACACACAAAAACCAGCGACAGUUUGCUGUUGACAAAGGACAGCUGGACAUAGAAAGGGCCCCAUGACCUUCAGGAGCUGAGGGCCUCAUCAAACCUAAAUCUGGCCCUGGCUAUGUCAAUGGGUUCGCAAAGUUGUUUUUCCUAGUUUUGCCGAAAGCUGUUGCGCUUUUCGUUGAGCAAAAUCUCCAAAUCAAUAAUGAAAAGAAGAGUUUAACUACACUUUCACCAGGGACACGGGUGGCGCUGUGGGUUAAACCACAGAGCCCAGGACUUGCCGAUCAGAAGGUCGGCAGUUCGAAUCCCCACGACGUACCCCGUUGCUCAGUCCCUGCUCCUGCCCACCUAGCAGUUCGAAAGCACCUCAAAGUGCAAGUAGAUAAAUAGGUACCGCUCUGGCAGGAAGGUAAACGGCGUUUCCGUGCGCUGCUCUGGUUCGCCAGAAGCGGCUUAGUCCUGAUGGCCACAUGACCCGGAAGCUGUACGCCGGCACCCUCAGCCAAUAAAGUGAGAUGAGCGCCGCAACCCCAGAGUCGGCCACGACUGGACCUAAUGGUCAGGGGUCCCUUUACCUUUACACUUCCGCUAUGUCCGGGAAAUUCUGGACUCAUGGCAGCCCUUCGCUGAAGCAACAGGUCCUAGGGGAAUGCUUUUAAGUGUGCAUUGAAUGUGAUUUAAAUUACGGUUCUUUAUUGAAUUGAUACGCUCCACUCCAUUCGAGGCUCACAAAGCAGUUUGCAGAAUUUGUAUGUUGGCCCUGACGGAAACUCCGAACAUUUCAGCCUCCUAAGAAUCCCAUUUUUAAAAUAAACCCAGCAAGGCUCUAGUCCUCUUUGCCCGGGCUUUUCCUCUAGCACGCUUUCCGAUCUAUUAUGGGGUGUUAUUUCUGUGUGGAAGGCUAGGCUGGCUCCCCGUCGGAAAGGAACAGAAAGCAAAAUAUGAGAUUGAGGGGUCUGUUUUGUUCCACGGGGUGAAGACUGCAAUCUUAUUUUAUUUUAUCUUACCCCUUCUUCCCACUCCGCAGUUCCUGUUUGGGUCCCUCCGCUCCCGGGAAACCGUUUACCAGGUCCUGCGUUCCAUCUGCAAACACCUCCAGGUAAUUAAUAAUAAUAAUAAUAAUAAUAAUAAUAAUAAUAAUAAUAGAGUGGUGCCUUGGUUCUCUGUUGGGAAACACACACACACACCUUGAUGUGGUGCCAAGAUUCAAAAUCUCAGGAAGAUACCAUCUUUCAUUUUUUAAACCAUCCUAAGUUUCUAGUCGUUGUGACCAACAUUACCUCUACCCAGGGGAAAAAAUGGAGGGAGCAAGAACUUUUGUUGGAGAAAAGAUGGGGCGGAAUUGUAAUACAGUGGUACCUUGGGUCUCAAACUUAAUCCGUUCCAAAACCAAAGCAUUCCAAAACCAAGACAGCGCUUUCCCAUAGAAAGUAAUGCAAAACGGAUUAAUCCGUUCCAAUCAGCACGUUUUUACAUGAGUAGAAGGUGUCCUUUUAUUUAAAAUGCAUCUCUGGGUUAUUUGUGGGGCCUGCCUGGUGUUUGUACAUGAGUAGAAUGUGUGCUUUUAUUUAAAAUGCAUCUCUGGGUUAUUUGUGGGGCAUAGUAAUUGGUUCAUUUCCCCCCUCAAAAUAUAGUCCGGCCCCCCACAAGGUCUGAGGGACAGUGGACCGGCCCCCUGCUGAAAAAGUUUGCUGACCCCUGCUAUAGAUGGAUUGGAAUUGAAUAAUAAUAAUAAUAAUUUUUAUUAUUAUUAAAGAUAAUCCACAGUCCUGAAAUUAGGAAAUCCGGUCCGUCUUAGGUACAGCUAUGAAUCUCAUGGGGGGUUGGGAUAGAUGACUUUUGGAGGGUCCUUCCACUUCUAUGGUCCCAGUUCUUUAUUUCUCUUCUGCUUCCUCUAUAGGACGGCAGUCGAAACAACAGCCCAACCACAGCGCAAAACCUUUCGGACCAGCUGCUUAAGAUUUCCCUGGUAAGAAGUUGCCGUCUCUGUGUUUUGUGUGCCCAGCCAUCGUUUUGGGAUUAGGAAUAAUUAGGAUCAAAAGGCUACAGGUGUAGGGCACCCGCUUAUAAAAUAAUAUAUGCUAUAUGGUAAUUUAUGGACCUCAUAGGUAUCUCAAGCCAUUUGCCCAUGUUGCCAUAUAACCAGUCCAUGCAGAAUGUAGGCACCCUAUAUAUAGAAAGGAGCAAACCAGGGAUAUUUUAGCCACCCUAUAAAUAGGGUGAAAGAGGAGAGCGCAAAAUAUGGUUUGAAGCUCAACAUCAAAAAAAUGAAGAUCAUGGCCACUGGGCCCAUCACCUCCUGGCAAACAGAAGGGGAAGAAAUGGAGGCAGUGAGAGAUUUGACUUUCUUGGGCUCCAUGAUCACUGCAGAUGGUGACAGCAGCCACGAAAUUAAGAGACGCCUGCUUCUUGGUAGAAAAGCAAUGACAAACCUAGACAGCAUCUUAAAAAGCAGAGACAUCACCUUGCCAACAAAGGUCCGUAUAGUUUAAGCUAUGGUUUUCCCAGUAGUGAUGUAUGGAAGUGAGAGCUGGACCAUCAAGAAGGCUGAUCACCAAAGAAUUGAUGCUUUUGAAUUCUGGUGCUGGAGGAGACUCUGGAGAGUCCCAUGGACUGCAAGAAGAUCAAACCUCUCCAUUCUGAAGGAAAUCAGCCCUGAGUGCUCACUGGAAGGACAGAUCCUGAAGCUGAGGCUCCAAGACUUUGGCCACCUCAGCAGAAGAGAAGACUCCCUGGAAAAGACCCUGAUGUUGGGAAAGAUUGAGGGCACAAGGAGAAGGGGACGGCAGAGGACGAGAUGGUGGGACAGUGUUCUCGAAGCUACCAGCAUGAGUCUGACCAAACUGUGGGAGGCAGAGGAAGACAGGAGGGCCUGGCGUGCUCUGGUCCAGGGGGUCACGAAGAAUCGGGCACGACUAAACGACUAAACAACAACAAAUAUAUAGAAAGGCACCCUAUAUAUAGAAAGGAGCAAACCAGUGAUGUUUUAGGGAGCAGACGAGCAGUCGGGGCCGGUUAUUUACUGUAUUUUUCGCCCCAUAGGGCGCACCAGCCCAUAGGACACACCUAGUUUUGGUGGGGGGAAAUAAAGAAAAAAAAAUUUUCCCCCCAGCCCCCAGAACAGGCAGCUCUUCGCAAGCCUUGGGAGACCGGCGCGACUUCCUGCCGGGCUCCCACGCCUUGCGGAUAUCUGCCUGAAGCCCAAACCAGGUCGGGGAACAGCGGGAUGGCGGCGCUGCGUCUCCCCACUGUCCCCCGAGCUUGUGGGGCUGGCGGCAGGGAGAAGCGCGCAUCUCCCCGCCGCCAGCCUCCAAACCAGGUCGGGGAACCGAAGCCCGGGGAACUCCCGCCAGGCUCCCACGGCUUGCGGAGAGCUUCCUGAAGCCUGGAGAGCGAGAGGGGUGCAUUCUCCCCAUAGGACGCACACACAUUUCCCCUUCAUUUUUGGAGGGGAAAACUUCUAUUUUGGAAAUGUACAUCCAGUUUUUUCCCGCUUUUAAAAUUUUUGGUGGCCCUAAGCUAUAGCUUGUUUAGUUUAGACGUAAAUCUGGCACUGCCAAGAUUGGGAAAAACUCCUGCCUGUCAAAACCCUGGUCAGCGGAGGCAAUGCUAAGCUAGGUGUCUGGACGCAACCAAAUUCCCCCACCCCCCCCAUCGUUCCCAACCUCUCGCUAUUUUCGUUCCCCUCGCAGACCCCAAAGGAGUUGGACGGCAGCCGGACGCCCCCCCUGGACGAAACCCUCCCGGAAGAGCCUGGUGAGAUUUGGGUCGUUUCUGUUUAUUUGAUACAAAGUUCAGUGUCUAACCUUUGGAACUGCCCGCCUAGUGAUAUUAAGCAGGUGCCUUCUCAGUAGUUUUUUUGCUGCCCUGCUGAAAGCAUUACUGUUUAAACAAUCCUGCCCUGUUGCUUAGAAAGUAAUUUUAAUCCGUUUUAGUAUUUUUCCCCCCUCCAAAUAAUUUUUAUUAGUUUUCCGAAUUUUUAACAAAUCCUCCCAAAUUGCACCAGAUUUAAUCCCAUUAAGUUGACACUCUUUGUCAUCAAUAAGGUCCCUUCUUCCCCCUAUUUCUGUCCUUCGUAUUCCAUUAUGUAUUUCCAAUUCACGUCCCAUUUUAAUCUUAAAUCCAGGGUGGUGAUUUAUGGACCUAGUAGGUAUCUAAAGCCAUUUGCACAUCACAAAAUAUGUAUUUUAUCAAAGUCAUUGUUGGAUUGAAAUACAAUUAAGAAGUAUACAGUGAAAUACAAUUAAGAAGAAGCAUAUUCAUAGGGAAAUAAUUAUUAAGCUCUAACUUAAAAUGAUUUUUUUAUCCAUAACAAACUUAAUAAUGCAAACACAUUGGCAUUUGGCAAUGGCAAAAGUUCUUUAGAAACAGUUUCCAAAGACUCAUCAUCUAUUCUCUGGAAGCCUGCUGUAACAUGAAAUAAUAAGAGGUGCAAAUAUAUGAUGCAAACUACUAAUAAUUAGAAAUAGCUUUAUUAAUGUGAAAUUGAGUGUUAUAAACAAAUGCAAUUGUAAUAAUAAUAAUAAAUUUUAUUUAUACUCCACCAUCCCCGGCCAGUGCCGGGCUCAGGGUGGCUAACACCAGUAAAAUUACAAUAAAAACAUAAUUUAAAAUACAAUUUAAAAUGCAGCCUCAUUUUAAAAGUGGAUCAAAACUGUAGUUAAUACAAGCCCAUAACUUACAUCCUAGGAGCCUACACAACACAAAACACUGUUGCUUGAUGUAGGUUUUAUUUUAUUUUAUUUAUCAUAUAUUUUGGAAAUGUACAUCCCUUUAAAUUUUUUGGGGGGGCCCUAAGCUAUAGCCUGUUUAGCUUAUAUGUAAAUCCGGCACUGAGUCAAUACCUCGCUUUCAGGCUGACUGCCCUCGCAGGGUUGUUGAGAGGGUGAAAUGCAACUUUAAUUUUAUUUUAUUUUUAAUAAAAAGCCUUAACCAUCUUCUUUCGCAGAUGGGGCAGAUAAGAGCCAGAGCCCCCCAACGGCAGCUAUCGAACCACACUGGGCAGCAGCAAACAGAGGUGAGUGGCUUUCCUCGCCGUUUUGCAAACCGCCCUCUCCAAAUUCUCCUGAAACCUCUUUUUCGCCAGCCAAACUGGGCAUUGCAAUCCAAAGGCCAAAGAGAGAGACUCUCAGCCAUCAAGAGACCAAUUGAAUUGUAUUCAAUUGUGGGAUAUCAGAGUUUUUUGGGCUGGGUGUUCAUCAGUAUGCAGAUGACACCCAGCUCUACCUCUCCUUUAAAUCAGACCCAGUGAAGGCGGUGAAGGUCCUGUGUGAGUGUCUGGAGGUGGUUGGAGGAUGGAUGGCGGCCAACAGAAUGAGGCUGAAUCCUGACAAGACAGGACUGUUUUUGGGGGACAGGAGGGGGGCGGGUGUGGGGGACUCCCUGGUCCUGAAUGGGGUCACUGUGGCCCUGAAGGACCAGGUGCGUAGUCUGGGGGUCAUUUUGGACUCACAGCUGUCCACGGAGGCGCAGGUCAAUUCUGUGUUCUGAUACGCAGGAUGAGACCCUCCCUGCCGGCAGACUGUCUGGCCAGAGUGGUGCAGCAAUAAGUUAUAUGUAAUUGACUUAAGGAGUAGACAGGAGGUCAGGUCUAUAGUCGAAAGACCUCUUUCCUUUUUGUUAAAACGCUUUGUGUUUUGUUUUUACUGCGUUUAUUAUUAUUUCUACUUUUUUUUUGUUCAGUUUGGAUGUAUGGCUUUGUUUGUUGUGCAUUAAUAAUAAUAAUAAAAUAAUCCAAUAAAUAAAUAAAUUCAUAUGUCUUUUCCCAGGCCUUUUUAAUAAUUAAAUAAUAAUAAUAAUAAUAAUAAUAAUAAUAAUAAUAAUAUACCGCCUCUUUUUCUUUCCAGGAGGGGUAAGGUCCACAAAGUCCUGGCGGAGCUGGAAGGCUCACCUCAGCCCCCUCAACACUGUCAUCCUCAUCUAUCUCUGCUUGUGAGUGGGCCAGUUUUCUGGGGGGCGAUCGUUAUGAUUCCUGCACUGAAAGCGGGUUGGGAUGGAUGACCUUUGGGUUCCCUUCUGCCUGUGCAAUUCUACGAUUCCAUGAAGCCACGCAGCUUGUUGAAUCCACCUCUUGGCCCCUUCCCUACUAAACUUUUGGCUGCACUAGAAGACUUAUUGGUGGGACGCGGGUGGCGCUGUGGGUUAAACCACAGAGCCUAGGACUUGCCAAUCAGAAGGUCGGCAGUUCGAAUCCCCGUGAUGGGGUGAGCUCCCAUUGCUCAGUCCCUGCUCCUGCCCACCUAGCAGUUCAAAAGCACAUCAAAGUGCAAGUAGAUAAAUAGGUACCGCUCCGGCGGGAAGGUAAACGGCGUUUCCGUGCGCUGCUCUGGUUCGCCAGAAGCGGCUCAGUCCUGCUGGCCACAUGACCCAGAAGCUGUACGCCGGCUCCCUCAGCCAGUAAAGCGAGAUGAGCGCCACAACCCCAGAGUCGGCCACGACUGGACCUAACGGUCAGGGGUCCCUUUACCUUUACCUAGAAGAAAAAUUAAGACGAUCGUCCCAUUGGCUGGAGGAUAAAAUUGCCAAUCGCUGUUAGCCACAAUGGCUUCAUUUUUUCCUCUCCACUGAGCAACCAAGGCGAUGGAGGUUCUGGAAACCUUAGCCUGAUGAGGAACGGUUGAAGGACCUGGAUAUGUUUAGCUUGGAAGAGAGAGAGUGGAGACGCUCUUAUAAAAUCUUAAUAUUGUGAUAUCUCGUUUUCAGGGUGGUGGUCCUACUCCUUUCCUCGGGUUAUAUCGGCCUGCGCAUCGUGCAACUGGAAGAACAGUUGAUCUCCAUGGGAGCGUGGCCCGAAAUAGACUUGCAGCAGCACCAGUGAGUUUUUGGGGCUUUUCGUUCCUCUGUUUUACCUCCGUUUUACGGCUGACGGUGUAAAAUAUGGUAGGCAAACUAAGGCCCGGGGGCCGGAUCCGGCCCAAUCGCCGUCUCAAUCCGGCAGGCGGACGGUCCGGGAAUCAGCGUGUUUUUACAAGAGUAGAAUGUGUCCUUUUCUUUAAAAUGCAUCUCUGGGUUAUUUGUGGGGCAUAGGAAUUGGUUCGGUUUUUUUCCAAAAUAUAGUCCGGCCUCCGACAAGGUCGGAGGGACGGUGGACCGGCCCCCUGCUGAAAAAGUUUGCUGACCCCUGGCAUAAAAUGACAGUCCUGGUUAACUCUCUAAAACAGACACACACACACACCCCACAGAAGGAGAGGGGCAAAGGCUAUGUCACUUACCGUAUUUUUUGCUCUAUAAGACUCACUUUUCUAUUAGAAGCAGACUUCAGAAUAGCCCCUACCCUAAAAGUAAGCGGAAAUGUCAGUGUAGCGCCUUACCCUGGAGUAGAGUGCAGACUUCAGAGCAGACCUACCCACUAGAGGCAGACUCAGAACAGCCCCUACCCAUAGAGGCAGACUUCAGGAUAGCCCUCACCGCAUUAGAGGCAGACUUCAGAUUAGCCUCCAGCCCCAUUGAGGCAGAUUCAGAAUAGUCUUUUCCUAUUGAGGCUUAGUCUCCUACCCAAAACUAGAGUGCAGACUUCAGAAUGGUCCGGUACGCCUAUUAGAGGCAGACUUCAGAAUAGCCCCAUACCCUAUUAGAGGCAGACUUCAGAAUAGCCCCCUACCCUAUUAGAGGCAGAAUACAGAACAGCCCCCAACCCUAUUAGAAGCAGAAUUCAGAAUGCAGUAGCCCCCUACCCUAUUAGAUGCAGAAUUCAGAAUAGCCCCCGACCCGACAAGAGGCAGAAUUCAGAAUGCAGUAGCCCCCUACCCGAUUAGAUGCAGAAUUCAGAAUGCAGUAGCCCCCUACCCUAUUAGAGGCAGACUUCAGAAUAGCCCCCUACCCUAUUAGAAGCAGAAUUCAGAAUGCAGUAGCCCCCUACCCUAUUAGAUGCAGAAUUCAGAAUGCAGUAGCCCCCUACCCUAUUAGAGGCAGACUUCAGAAUAGCCCCCUACCCUAUUAGAGGCAGAAUUCAGAAUAGCCCCCUACCCUAUUAGAGGCAGACUUCAGAAUAGACCCCAACCCUAUUAGAGGCAGACUUCAGAAUAGACCCCAACCCUAUAAGAGGCAGAAUUCAGAAUAGCCCCCUACCCUAUAAGAGGCAGAAUUCAGAAUAGCCCCCUACCCUAUUAGAGGCAGACUUCAGAAUAGACCCCAACCCUAUUAGAAGGAGAAUUCAGAAUAGCCCCCUACCCUACAAGAGGCAGAAUUCAGAAUAGCCCCCAACCCUAUAAAAAGCAUGAUUCAGAAUAGCCCCUUGCUCAGUUGGUCCUACCUGAGAUGAUUAAUCUCAGGGUCUGGGUUCGAGUCAUGCGCUGGACAAAAAUAUUCCUGCAUCGCAGGGGUUGGACUCCCCAAUUCUAUAAAAAAGCAUAAUUCAGAAUAACCCCCCCGUACCCUCUAGAAAAAGCAGGAUUCAGAACAGUGGCUUGCACAAUCUACUAAGGAAGAUAAUAAUUCAAAACCUUAACAGUUAAUGGCACAUUUAUUCAAAGCCCGGUUAAAAAUAUUAUUCAGCAGUGGUCCGUCGGCUGCUUCCAGUAGGCUGAAUAAACAGGGGGAAAGUUUCUUCUUUUUCUCAGCUUUGUAACUUUUAAAUAUUUUCUUCCUGGACAGGUAUAAGACAACUUGAGGAUUUCGCAAGAUGUCCAGGCCAUCUGCUGCUGGUUGGGAAAUAGAGAAAUAGGGUUGCCAAAAGUCCAGGUUUUUUCCGGACAUGUCCAGGAUUCCAGCGACGAAAUUAGCAUCCAGGGGGAAUAACGUUUUAUUUUAUUUUUUGAAAAGCCAGCAAAAUGUCUGGGAUUUUGCAAACAGAACCGGGAAGCUCAACAACCCCCCAAAAACCCACAAUUUUUUGUGUCCGGGUUUUUAUUUCUCAAAAUACGGCAGCCCUAAAGAGACUUUUGCUUCGGCACUGUGGGUACCCGAAAAAACGUCUUGAGUCGCAAAAACGGAGGACAGUUCUUGUUUCAGCAGCCCGGCAAAGGAAGAACAAUUAUUUUAGCACGCGCCUUGAAUCCUAAAUGAUAUAAGUUAUACUGUCUUUAAGGUAUUUUAAUUUUUUUUUUAGCGCCCCUAAUUAUAUCUUGGGGAUCUCUGUGCAGAAAAUCUGCAAGGUGCCUUUCGAAACCCAACUCUGACUAGAUCUAAAAACACAGAGGGGAAAACACUCUAUAAACAAGUCAGUAAUUAAAUCGUUAUAACAAAAGAUGCAGAAAAACCGCUAUGGAAAAUCGCAUCUAAAAAAUUCUUUGCUCUCCAUCGCCCUCUGGUGUUGCAUGUGUAUAAUGCGUUCAAAACGCUGUUUCUUUGACUCAUGUAGCGGAGUUCUUUUUACCAUAUUUUUCAAAAAUCCUCUCUAAAAAAGGUGGGAAAAGAAAACCUUUUUUAAAAAGCGAGAGAUUUUGAGAGGAAGCUGUCCUCUUUUUGGUUUUUUGCUCUGGCUCCCUUUUUUAUAUUAAAAAGAUUCAAAUAUUAAUCAUGCAAUGAAAAGUUCCUACAUCCCGCCCCCCACAAAAGAACGGCUUCACUAGGGCGGUUCAUAAAAAACUUUUUGUAAAAAAAAUAUGCCUGUUCUUAAAUUACUACACUAGGGAUUACCGUAUUUUUCGCUCUAUAAGACGCACCAGACCACAAGAUGCACCUAGUUUUUGGAGGAGGAAAAGAAGAAAAAAAAUAUUCUGAAUCCCAGAAGCCAGAACAGCAAGAGGGAUCGCUGUGCAGUGAAAGCAGCAAUCCCUCUUGCUGUUCUGGCUUCUGGGAUAGCUGCGCAGCCUGCAUUCGCUCCAUAAGACGCACACACAUUUCCCCUUACUUUUUAGGAGGGAAAAAGUGAGCCUUAUAGAGCAAAAAAUACGGUAGGUGCCAGUACUCACCACGAAGUUGUUAUAUCAAGUGCCACAUUUUUAACCAGGAAAAAGGAAAAAGAAAGAUGUGCCGGUACUUUGCACCCCCAGAAAAAAUAUAUAGCUCUAUCUGAAAUUUCAUGCAUAUCAGUUAAUAUCUUGACCCUCUUCCACGAAAAUAGCUGUUUACUUGGUCGUUUUCCUAUGUCGCGAAGGCUGAAAUUUCAGUUCAGCAGAGCAGGGUCAAGAUAUUAACUGAUAUGCAUGAAAUUUCAGAUAGAGCUAAUAUACUAAUAUAUAUUUUUUUCUAGGAAAAAAGCACUGCAACAGUUGAAGGCUCGCCGGCAAGAUACUAAAAAGCAGCCUUAUAGCGAAAAGCACUUUAAGGGAGAAAAUACACUUCAACCUACAUAGCCUUUUUUAAAAAUAAAAAAUAAAUCCAACUGUUUAUUUAUACAUUUGAAAAUGAGAAGCGUUGCGUGAAUGACGAUACGUUUUGUGGAUGGAAUGGUGUUUCAAGUAGAGCGUAUUUGCUAAGUGGGUGUUUGAUGGGCGGGGUAUAAAUAAUAAAAAUUAUUAUUAUUAUUAUUAUUAGACAGCCAGUGCGGUUUUUGCCUGAGGUUUUUUGGAAGUGGCAUAUUAUUUUGGAAGCGAUGGCGCCUUGUUGCGUUGGAAAACCGGGAUUAUUGGCAAAGCUGGAGAUUUUUCAAGUCGUCUGCACUCCAAGACGGUGUUAAGAUUUAUAAUAAUAAUUUAUUAUUUAUACCCCGCCCAUUUGGCUGGGUUUCCCCAGCCACUCUGGGCGGCUUCCAACAAAACACUAAAAUACAAUAACCUAUUAAACAUUAAAAGCUUCCCUAAACAGGGCUGCCUUUUCCCUAAACAUUUAGGCUCCUUUUGGAGGAGAGGAAUUGAGGAAUUUGAGGGCCAUAUGCUUCUCUGACAGGCCCCUGGGACACUCC